GUUCUCACGAUCUUCGAUUGAAGACUCACUGAUCUGCUUCUCUUCUGUGAUUUUUUGAGAGAAGGGAGUGAAUUUUUGAGUUGAAAAGAACAACAGUGUUGCUGGUUUUGGACAAUGCCUGAACUAACCUUUCGAAGAAGAAAGAGAUGAAAUUCUCUGCUUUACUGACUUCAGCAGGCAUCAAUAUAGGCCUGUGUUCACUGUUCUUGUCUUUGUAUUCGCUGUUGAGGAAGCAACCGGGUUUCGUUUAUGUUUACUUUGGACGAAGAAUUUCUGAAGAGAAUGACACGAAUGAGGGUUCAUGUAUUCUUGAUAGAUUUGUGCCUUCUCCAAGCUGGAUAGUUAGGGCUUGGGAGUAUAAACAGGAUGAUAUCUUGUCAAUUGCUGGUUUGGAUGCUGUGGUCUUCCUCAGAAUACUUGUUUUCAGCAUCAGGGUCUUCUCAAUAGCUGCUGUUGUGUGUGUAUUUGGAGUUCUUCCAUUGAACUACUUUGGCCAAGAAAUUCACCCUGCAAGCAUCCAUUCAGAGUCAUUAGAUGCAUUUACAAUUGCAAAUAUCCCAGAAGGAUCACGCUGGCUGUGGGUGCAUUGUUUGGCUUUGUAUAUCAUAUCAUUUUCCGCUUGUAUUCUACUUUACUUUGAGUAUAAGAACAUUGCCAGCAUGAGGCUGUCUCAUAUUAUACAAUCUCCUACAAAUUACAGUCAUUUUGCAGUUCUUGUCCGUGCUAUCCCACAGGAAAACGGGGAGUCAAUCAGUGAUGCUGUCCAAAAAUUCUUUAUGAAUUACCAUGCAUCAAGUUAUUUAUCUCAUCAAGUAGUUUAUCGAACUGGAAAAGUUCAAAGACUUAUGUCUAAUGCAGAGUGGGUAUAUAAGAAUUUAGUUCGUCUGAAGAGCACUGCAAUCAGCAAAACUUGUGUGCCUAUUACAUACAGAUGUGGUCUUUGUGGAGGAACUUCUGAUUCUUUCCAGCUCUACCGUAAUGAAUUUGAGCCUGAUGAGAAGAAACCAUGUCCUAAUAAUUCAGAUUCACGCACAAAGGCAAAGGAGUGUUUGGCUGCUUUUGUUUUCUUCAAGACCCGUUAUGCUGCAGUAAUUGGUACACAGCUUCUACAAUCCUCUAAUCCAAUGUUAUGGGUCACUGAUCUAGCUCCUGAACCACAUGAUGUUUACUGGUCAAAUCUUUGGAUACCAUACCGACAACUCUGGCUUCGACAAAUAACAGUUCUUCUAGCCAGCAUUGUCUUCAUGUUUCUGUUUCUUAUCCCUGUUACUUUUGUACAAGGCCUAACUCAACUUGAUAAAUUACAGCAAAUGUUCCCAUUUCUGAAAGCAAUACUCGCAAAGACUGUGAUGACGCAGCUUGUAACCGGCUAUCUCCCUAGUGUCAUUCUGCAACUUUUCUUUUAUAUGGUGCCGCCGACAAUGAUGCUAUUUUCUGCAAUGGAAGGAUGGAUCUCUCGCAGCGGAAGAAAAAAGAGUGCAUGUUUCAAAGUAAUCUCAUUCACCAUUUGGAAUAUAUUCUUCGUUAAUGUUUUAUCUGGAUCUGUAAUCAGCCAAUUGGAUGCCAUUACUACUCCAAAAAGCAUUCCCAUCCUGCUUGCCAAAGCUGUUCCAAGACAGGCAACUUUUUUCAUUACUUAUGUUCUGACAUCCGGUUGGGUGAGUUUAGCUUCUGAAGUUCUACAACUAUUUGCACUUGUAUAUAAUGCAGUAAGUAAGUAUGUAUUCAGAGUUAAAGACGACCCAAAUUCUGUGCCAUCGUUUCCGUAUCAUACUGAAGUUCCCAAGCUUCUCCUUUUUGGGUUGCUUGGUUUCACUUGUUCCAUAUUGGCACCAUUAAUUCUGCCUUUUCUGCUCUUCUACUUCUUCUUUGGUUAUGUCGUGUAUCGCAACCAGAUAAUAAAUGUAUACUGCUCGAAAUAUGAAACACAAGGGCAAAUCUGGCCAAUUGUGCACAACACAACAGUAUUCUCUCUUAUUCUCACUCAGAUAAUUGCUCUCGGAGUUUUCGGUACAAAGAAGUCACCGGUGACGAUGAGUUUCACUGUUCCAUUGUUGAUCUGCACGCUUCUUUUCAAUGAGUAUUGCAGGCAACGUUUCAGUCCAAUUUUCUCGAAUUUCUCUGCUCAGGAUCUGAUUGAGAAGGAUAGAGAUGAUGAAAAACAUGGAAGAAUGGAAGAGAUUCACCAGAUGCUACACUCAAUUUACAGCCAAUUUCCGGCAGACACAAUAAACAGAGACGUACAUGAUGCCAAUUCCCGGCAGACACAACAAAUCUAGAUGAACAUGAAGGCCGACCGAUGAUCUCCAAGAGUA